ACGCUUGCUCAGAUUCAAAAUAUAAGCAUCAGUAACUGACACGUAUGGCUGAAAGAUGUUGUAUCACCUCUGAUACUUGUGCAGAAUUUGUGAUAUAUUUUUAAAAACUUGUGACCAUGUUUUCUCACGCAUGCUGAAUAUUUUGACAAAGUACCUCGGUUGGUUUGCCAGUGCUUUCCGAAGGAGAACGACUCGUAAAAAUGUGUCAUGAUGUGACAGCAUUUAAAUUUGGCUCUUCCGGGUAGUGGUCUCCGUACUAACCAAGUUUCGGACGCCCUUUUCUGAAUGUUAAGGUUAUGCCAUACAUGUAAAUAAUAAUUCAUUUAUAAACGUUUUAUAUUUAUAAUAUAUGUAUGAUGGAGUUCGACCAGUUGGAGCAAUGUGUUAAAAGUCUAAACAAGGUAGUGAACGAGUUUCCGAUUGGUGCAAUUUCACUGAACGAUUACAUACCUAUUGAGAAGAAGAUCCAGAUAAGCAGAGAAUCACUGAUGCGUCUGAAUGCCAGGUUAUUAAUACUUAAAGCAAGAUAUAAACAAUACACAGAUCAUGAAAAGUCAAGGGGGAUUGAGGAAGAACUUGAAGAUGAACUUUCAAGGGUUGUAAGUGACACACUUAUAAACACCAAAGCUAUUAAGUUAUGUCUUCAUAGCACAACUAUUAUUUCUAUUCUCAAUAAUAAGGAAGGCACUGCGGAGGAACAAGAGAAACUCGGCACUUAUGUGAGUAAGUUAUUUACUUUGAAUGACAAUAUUAUAUCUGUCCAACAGUCUAUUGAGAAAGCUUCUCAAACACAAUUAAAUCUAAAAUUGGAGUGUCAAAAGGCUCUGAACGAUUAUAAGAAUUUCCUCAAGGAACAGGAGGAAAUACGAAACAAAAAAUUGCAAGAAACCUCUCCUGAUAUUGUAAAAAACAAAUCUCGAAUGGAAAAUACUUUAAGAAAGAUAAAUGUAAUGAAGAAACUUAUUAGAAAUUUCAUAGCAGCAUCCUGUUUUAUGUUAAUGAAAAAGCCAUUAUUAUUGGAAAUGUUGGAAAAUCACAGAGAAUUAUUUAAUGUGGAAACAAUAUUAAAAAUGGCCCAAAAUGAGGAAGAUAUUGAAUCUGUAUGAGAGGAAGAGAGAGAGAGAGAGAGAGAAAGAAAGAAAGAGAUAAAAGAAUAUUUAAAAAACCGGAAAUUCCGAAGAGAAAAUACGCAGGAAUUCAUUAAGAAUUUUUUUCUCUUUUCUUACUUGCUAAGCGCAAUAGACACAACACAUAUUUACAAGAAUAAGCUUCCACGCAAAUUUCAAUGUCUUUUUCUUAUUUUUUUCUUUUUUUCCUUUAAGUUCCUCUAUUCAACCGCCUUGUCAGACAGUUUUUUUUGUAUGAGUUAAUCUUUAAAUAAAGCAUAAUCGAUAUUGUAUAUAAGUUAAAAAUUAGGAUAUAUAUAUAUAUAUAGUAAUCACAGCUUACGUAUAUAUAGUAAAGUUUCACUAUAGGGGAGAGAGAUGUACACAUUCAUGUUUUAAAAUCAGUGUAUCGAGAGACUUUCUCGCUCUACUUUCUUCGCACGAUUAACUCGUGUAUUAUAUGUAUAAUGUAACCACCGCGUGCGGUAAAAUGCAAAUUGUAAGACAAUCGGGUUUUUUUUUCAUGGUCCGGUGUGUAUGUAUGUCGUUCAGUCUCAUU